AUGGACCGAUUGUCACUGUCAAGACGUCCAAAAAUAGUGGAAAAGGAGACAUGUUUACCGGCAGGAGACGGCUUGCCGUCCUGGACAACCCUACCACUGGAUGCCAAAUUUCCAAUGGUCCCUAAUCCAAAAGGAUCUAUGGUGUUUUGUUCUACUAAUCUCUGUCAAACGAAACACAAAUCCUCUCGCCACUAUGACUUUGACCUCAGUGACCCGUAUUGUCACGUGUUCUCUAACGACUAUCAUCCACUUCAUGACCGCCACCUCCGGAACCACUUCAAUCAGCCCCAGAUGAGGCGUCAUCUGCUGAAGAAUGAUUUCCUUACUGACGACAACAAAGUAGUUUGUACUCUUAAGGAAUUCAACAGGUACCGCCAGUACCUCCGGAGGGUCUGUCUCAUGGAGUUGGCAAGGGAGCAGAGAAUCGAGAAAGAGGAAUAUCUAAACGCCCAAAAGGAAACUACCGACAGCACAGAGGAGAAACCAACAGACCUCCGUAUACGCCAGGUCCAAGAGAAUCUAGAUAAGCAAAGAACGAGGACACGGCAGAGGAUUGAGCAGUUAUUGAAGGAGAAGGCGGAUCGAUUGCAGCGCCGUCUGGGAGAGAUGCAGGAAGCGAACACAAGACGCGACCUGUUACGUCAACAGGACGAAAGCAAGCGUCAUGCUGCCAUCGCCCAACAUCAAUUACAGGAGAAAAAACGCAAUCGAAGAUUAAUUCAGCGUUGGAAGAUUCGUGAACGACAACAUAUCAAACGCAUGGAUGAGAAGAAAAAACAACGAAUGUUUGAUCAGAAAAAGAAGAGCUUUGAGAUGUGGGAAACUCGUAAACAGAUACAGAGGGAACGCAUUAAGCGUGAAGCUGAAAUCCUGCGACGUGAAAAUGAACGCCGGGACAGAAAUAUAUCCGUGAGAGAACGCUUGCUGGCGGAACAACGGAAUCGUAUUACAGCACAGUUAAACGCCAUGAAGGAGACUAUGAGGAAGCAGAAGGCGGAAAGCGAGGAAAAGUGUGCCCGUCGUUUGGAAAAAAAACUUGCUCUGGCAGAGUUGAGAGCUUGGGCGCGGCAUCAGGGCAAGAGGAGACGAGCAAGAAGAGCUCGGUUCAGAAGUAUGUGGAAUCUGGGGGAUACUAUGAACAGACUCAUUUUCAGAAUGGACGGCAGUAAUGUUCUUCGAGGGAGAAAAUCUGCAUCUGGCUUCCUGCAAAUGCUUAAUGAAGCUGUAGACGAUUUACACGAAACGCCGGAAGAGCUGUUUGGAGGAGACAGCAAACAAGCCAGACAGGAUGAUGAUGUCCUCAUCAGGGAACAGGCGAGACAAAUAGUGGACUCGGUGAUUACUAAAGUCCGGACGGAACUUUAUCCUGAAUACUUACGGUCACUGGAACAGGCCAACCAAGACGGUCCAGAAUCACAAGGAAAAGCGGUCAAGUUUGGAAAGCGAAUCAUUACUACCUAUGCACGCCCGUCCAUCGAUGUGGAUAACCUCCGCCCAGUCCAGGAACACGUCCUGACGCCCGUACCUUCUGUGAAUAUGACACCUUCUGUCGGAGGCGAGGAAAGCUCCGAACAUGCAAUCGUAGAAAAAAUAUUAAAUCGUCUUCUUGUUGAUCUUAAUGAUAAAAAGUUUUCAAAAGAAGACUUGGUAAAACUGACAUCAUACUCGCUGCAAUUACUCAGCUCAACAGAUAAUUCCUCAUCGAAUGAUAACGACCUAUCGGAGCUUGAGACAGGAGAGGUGUACGAGACUGCUGUUGCCAACGAUCUGGUGCGUUUCACUCUCAGCAAGAUUGUAGACGAAGUGAAGUCAGGUCAAGUGAGCAGUGAAGAAAUGACAGGACUGGCACUGUCUGCUUGGGAAAUGGAUUCUCCGUCUUUCACGGAGGACGGGGUCGUGGACUCACUCAUAGAAGACACAAUACAGCAAAUCAUCUCAGAUAAAAGUUUCGACAGGGUGUCCUCGGUGCACGACUUCAUGCUGGACGAUUUCAUUGUAAAUACUCUGAACGAGAUGAGCAAUGAUCUCCAGUCUGGCAAUUUGCCAAUGGGCGUGAUAUCACAAAUUCUUGAACAAAUGUCGGACAUUGUGGAGGAUAUCCCCAUUGGUGGUGUCGACAACCAGCCUGAGAUGUUCAGGCGUCUGCUGGCACGCGUUAUCGAUGACGUCAUAUCUGAAAGCAGCGACACGCUCUACAAAGUCGUUAACAUCAUCAUUACCUCAUACCAUACCUUCAGAGAAUCGUCUACACAGGCUUUCUCGGAGCUGGUGGCAGAAACAUGUCGGUGUAUCUCUAUAUAUCUCGGCAACGGGGAAGUCCAUGAUUCAGAUGUGAAUUUUGGAGCGUUAUGCGGUAUUGCGACCAAAAUUUGGCCAACAACAACAUCUUCACAACAAGUGUACGAGAUGACAACAAGGAUCGCUAAUAUUCUUCAAAUUCAGACAGACGUGCAGAACAUGGAUGUUGAUCACAUUAUACAAAUGUCGAAAAGUCGUCUCAGCGAAGCUGGUGUUGAUAAUCUAACUAAAGUGGCACGUGUCAUAUUAGAGUCAUGCAAGAACAUUGUCGACACACUUCAGACUGAAGAACACCCUGAAGGAGAAACAAAACAAAUCUUCCUUGACGACGUGACCCAAUUCGUAGUGGACAUCCUGAAGCUUGUAUCAAAAAGUAUUGAUCGAGGAAACUUCUCCGAGUCUGAUAUAGAGGAAAUGACAGAGCUUCUCCAACACGUAAGUCGGGGUAAUUCGUUAGCCCCUACACCGGUACCGGACAAAAAGGUCAUUCUUAUCAACACUUUAGCUUCGAUACUGAAUGACGUGGAAAACGGUCGAUUAACUGAGGAGGAGAUGCAUGAACUUGGCAAUCAUUUGAGAUCAUGCGGAGAACGACUAUUAGGCCCGUCCCCUAGUGCGUCAGUGGAAACAACGAGUCGUAUAGCAUCUUUCACCAGCACUGCUGUGGCAGAGAAUGUCGUUUCGCAUGUAUUAUCUUCUAUUCAGCCUGACAUUGAAAAGGGCGUGGUGAAUACGGAGUCACUAAAAGAGUUUGCUGUAUGCAUACUGAAAACAAGGGUGUCCAAAGAGAAGCUGGGGAGUGACGAAUGCUUAGUACAGGCAGUCAAUUCUAGCCAUACUCACCCUUCCCCUUGUGAGUCCAGAUUGGCAGAAGAUGUCGUCUUUGCAACAAUCGACAAUAUCGUCAAGGACUUGAAUGAAGGCAAACUUUAUCCCGACAAAGUAGCGUCAUUAGCUAUAGGGUUUGCUAAAGCUGGGGAUGAGGAAAGAUUGGACCAUGCAAUGAACAAAAUAUUGGACUGUCUUCGUGAAGAUACCAUAGACAGAGAAGAAGCAAAGCGAAUGUUCGUUACGAUACUUGAACACUACAAAUCCAACUGGAGUACAAUGCCGGAGAGUCACGAUGUAUCAGCCCUUUCAUCGGCAUCUCAAUUAGCGGAAUCUGUAAUUCGUGCAACUUUAAAGAAAAUUGAACGGGAUAUACGAAGUGGAGCUUAUACUGAAACAGAACUGCUGUCUCUGAUGGGAAGUACAUGCGAAGAGGAAGGUCCUGCAGUUGCAGAGGAUGUAGUCAACUUGAUAUCUGCCAUUAUUAAAGAAAUACUACACAGUAUAGAAUCGGAAUCAAUGUCGAUUGAAUCCCUGUCGAAUUUCCUUUCUCUUUUCAAAUCGCAAAAACAGGUAAACCUUGAAGAGCUUACGAUGGAAAUGGCAAAGAAUCAAUGCCAAGAAGCUGUUAGCGACAUUGCUAAACACGGCGGAAGAAGCAUAUUUAUAAAAGACGUAAUAAAAUGUAUUGUCAACAGCAAGAGAGAUUCAAGUACUGGUCCAGUGGCUGUACUUCAACGUCUACUGCAGGUUGUUGAUUCUAACAUUUUAACCAACUUCAUUCGUGUCACUCUGCAAAGAGUUUUGUCAGACAUUGGCAGUGCAACUAGGACCGGUCAGCUACAACACGAGACCUCGUUUUAUGUUAGAUCAGAUGUGCACUUACAGUCUGUCACUUCUCUCAUAGCUCACAAUGUCGUAAGAAACUUGAUGGCGAGAAUUGAUCACACACUUGUUGUGCAAGGAAAGUUAUCGUCGGAUGAAGAGCUUCUUCCAGUUCGGUUAGACUCCAAUGAUUAUGACUACAUACAAAGCCUUUAUGACAAAGAACCUGACAAGUGCGUAUCUUACUCCUCAAAUGAGGUCGGCGGUCUUAUACUGGACACACUUAACAAUAUUGUUUCUAAUCUACGUCUCGAAAGGUCAAUGUCUCUAUCAGCUGACAACGUAUCGUCUGAAAUUUUGCACGAUUUUGUUUUGGAAAAACUUCAAAUCAUUGUUGAGAAUAUGCAAGAUCAGAUGGCUCUGGGCCACCAAUGGCAGCCUAGUGGAUUGAUUGACCUAGAGACGCAGGAUUCCAAAUCAAAAGUUGCAUCUUUUCUUGAUAUGGAUAACAAGCAAGCCACCGACUUUGUAGCCCAGGUAUUGCAAGAAGUCGUGCAUGACAUGUCGUCCGAAGUAACAGCUGUUGCACAUCAACAAACUAUGGACGGAACUGUCGAGGAGCAAACAUCCACUCUGACCUUGGAGGUAGAAAACAUUGUCGUCGCAACCCUGCAAGAUAUCAUUGACGACUUCAACGAUGCAAAACGUGCAUGUUCAGCAAAAAUUCAACAAGAGAUUUCUAAACGGAAAACAUUGGAUGCAUUGGUGCAGAUAAAACGAGAUGUUGUAGAGGGUCAAGAUGCAUUUGUGAGAGAGGCGGUGUUGCGUAUCAUGGAAUCUUCUGUGAAACCGGGAUCAAACGAACUUGAAAACGACUUCGUUGAAAAUACGAUCAAUCUAAUUAUCAACAACAUUGAAGUGGACAACAUAAAGGUAUCAGAUUUAUACCAAGUAGACUCCUUCACAGAAAUUGCGAGUGACCCUAUCAAAAUAGACUUUCAGUCUACAGUCAGUGCAGCGUCUCUUAGUCCAAGUGAAGAGAGAGGCAGAGUUCUUGAUCGACCGUCUAUGAGUCUCCAAAAGAUGAUUUCUAUGACAAACAGGAUGCUUAAAUUUCACGAAGAGGAAACACAUAGAAGUCAUAACUCUCUGGGUGUGUCUUCGUGCACUAUACCGAAGCUUCAGAGGAGCUCUACUUUGGUUAACAUUGCGAGCGCGAUCCAUCACUCCAUUGAUAUGACAAUCGAUAGAGUUAAAGAAGGCACACUCAGCGAUGACGAGAUUGUAACACUGGCCACAGCUCUUUCACAGAGCAUGCUAGAUGGUGGUGCUGAGCAAGUUCUCAACUCUGCCUCAGUUGACGCGUCCAUUGAAGAUUUCAUUGUUGUGAUGCUAGAAGAAAAGAGGCGCGAAAUUGAGCAGAAUGGGUUGGAUUCUAAGAGUAUCAUUACUGUCACAGAUCACAUGCUCGGAAUACAUGCAAGGGAAAACGCUUCAAAAGACAGAGCUGAAAAAAGUCCAAGUGUUUCCUCCAUCUCAUCGGAUAAGAUUGCUGGUUUUGUUCACAACAUUUUGCAAAAUAUCGCUAACAGCCUUUCUCAAAUGGAUAUAGAGAAUGGUAAUACUCCAAUAGGUGCUGUCGAUAAUAUUGAAAAAAGUGAUUCCGUCGAAACACAGAAUUCAGGGACAGAAAGUAUAAGUAAACAAAAUAUAAACCCAAAUGCAGUUCUGCCGAGGAUCAAUAAGGCAUCCAGUAGCUCCCAUAUCAUCCCAACACAGAUAGAUUGUUUUACCGAAGUUGGAAAUGCAAUGAUACCGGCGUCAUUAAAAGAUGGCCAGCUAGCGAAGAGGCCGCAAGAGCAGUGCCUUCAAAAGGAGAGACGUUCUUCGAGCAAAAAACAUUUAAAAACUGAAAAUACGAAACAAAAAUCCAAACAACCAGAUCAUACUAACGCUUCAAAGAAAAUUACUGGAUACCAUUCAUCAGAUCGAGGAAGAAAACAAACUAGUAAAGUAGUUUUAACCCCUCCUAUAAAUAAGCGACCUUUGAUUCCACAAUGUCGUUCUUCACAGACGACACCACUGAGCAAGUGCGGGCAGCAUAUGUCUCAGACAAAGGCGUCACUGGAAAAGACGAUGAAUCAUUCACAAAACGUUACACCAAAACAACUGGUUCCUACGUUGUCUCCGGUGUCUCAACUACAACAUAUUUUACCGUCAUCUCUUAAAAAGAAAAAGACACGCACAGACGAGAAGUCGAACUAUAAUAUACCCAAAGUUCAUUCUCAAGAUUGCAUGAAACCACAGAGAGACGUGCAACCGAUUCGAGCGCAAGCGAAAGACAACAAACCCUGCAUGAGCAGCAGACCAGCUCACAAGAAAAAGGUCUCGGAGGAUACCAUUGGGCGGGGUAAGGGAAGUGAGGAGGAAAAGAUCAAAGUACCUGGAAUGUUACCUGUUCGAGCACCACUGAAUCUGGUCCCUAGUUGUCCCCCUGUCGAUAAGAGGCCCAUCCCUACGGAGAUCAAGUCAAUUUGUGGUUCACAUAAGACAAGGAUCAGAGUCAUCAAGGAUAACAAUGAUGAGUAA